AUGGAGGUCAUCAGUGGUCUUGUGCGUGAGGGGUUUUUGAAUGAUGUGGCUCAGUGGGUGGUUACCAAUCUUCGGAAGACAAACCCUUUUGAUUCGUCUUCGUCUGCCUAUUCUUGGACAUUUGACCUUGAUGGAAUUGCCCAAAUGUAUCAAUCCUAUGAAGAAACUAAUCUAUGGUGCUAUAAGCAUGAGUUCCUCAAGUAUUUCUUUCUUUCUACUGGAUUAUUAUUUCAAUACGAAGCAGAACUUGAUGCUUUCCUUGAGUUUCUUAUCUGGAGGUUCUCAAUUUGGGUUCAUAAACCUACUCUAGGAUAUGCUCUCAUGAAUCUACGAUACGGAGAUGAACUCACCACGGAAACAAGAGCAAAACUUAGAACAGGGUUAGAGGGACCUGGGCUCACACUUUAUCAGAAAAUAUGGUACUGUGUUGCUACACAAUGGGUGGAAAUUAUAGGAUAUGCACACGAAAAUAUGGAUUUAUUGAAAGAUCAAGAUGUCAUUAGGAUUGUGCUUAACUUAUUGAAGACAAAUACAAGUGUUGCCACUGGACUUGGAACAAAUUGGAUAGUAAUUUGUGCCCCUGAUGAUGGAUCAUGUGCUUGGGGAUAUUUUGAUGUAUGUGAAGAUGAUGUGGCGACUGUUAGCCCAACUGGACAAGAUGAGAAUCUAUUAAGCCCUAUAAUGGCUCCUUUUCACUCUUCACAGUUAUCAGGGUUCACCGAUGGGAAUGAGGUCAAAAGAGAUUUUUCGGAUCUUUCUUGGGUUGGAAAUGUUACAGGGCUUAUAGCUAAAUCUGCAAUCUUUUUUCUGUUUUGA